AUGAAUCAAGGAAGUUGCAGAGAUCAAGACUUAAUGUUGUUGACGGCGACUCGAAGGGGAUUGCCGAAUGGUUAUAUGUUGAUGAAGAAGAUGAUGCUCAUGGAGAUGAAGCGUGAAGUCAUUUUCAGAGAGAGAGAUAUUGAGGAUUUUCUAGAAUUUCUUGUGAUUCUUCUAAGAAUUGUGGAGAAUGAAGAUGAGAGGAGAAGAGAGAAUUUUGGUGUGAUUCUUCUACUGAUGAAGAAUGAAGAUGAAGAUAAGAGGACAAGAGAGAGUUUCUUGGAGUUUGCUGUGUGA